AUGGUCCUCCAUAACCCGAAUAAUUGGCACUGGGUGACAAAAGACGCCGGCCCGUGGGCUAAAGAAUGGCUGGAGACAGAAUGCAAAAAUGUGUCGGCGGAAGAGGACGGAGUGUCGGCCAAAAUCACACGACUGGUGUCAAUGGAUGGUGAUGUGGAAGUGAGCCAGCGGAAAGGCAAGGUCAUAUCAAUUUACGAUGUAGUGCUGCAAUUGGAGUAUGGAGGCAAGACGCAAGAAGGCACCGAUGUCAGUGGAAGCAUCAGGGUUCCCGAAUGCGCCUACGACACCGAGCUAGAGGAGUACGUGUUUGAGAUAGACAUCUACUCGGAAACGAAAGAGAAGCAGCCAGUCAAAGAUCUCGUCCGGUCGAAACUAGUCCCCGAGCUGCGAGAAAUCUUUAGCAGACUUGGACCUGCCCUCAUCACAGAGCAUGGAAAAGACUUACAACAUGAACUUGGUUCCAAUCCGUCCAGCGAAUUUGCAACACCUACAUGGCAUCCUCAGAAGGAGAGAACUCCCACAUCCUCUACUCCUGUCACGACUUCCACCACGGGGAAAUCCUCGAUCAAUACCACCACUGUGACGGCAAAUGAUGAAUUCCGCACCACCGCUGAAGAAAUGUACCAGACCUUUACCGAUCCUCAACGCCUUGCAGCAUUUACCCGAGCGACACCACGGGUGUUCGAAGGGGCGAAGCCAGGGGGAAAAUUUGCCAUCUUCGACGGCAACGUCACAGGAGAGUAUGUCACGUUGGAACCACCCAGAAAGAUUGUUCAAAAAUGGAGAUUAGCACAAUGGCCAGAGGGACACAUGAGCACUCAAGAAAUCUUUUUUGAUCAGAAUGAUGUGGACCGAGUGACCAACAUGCGGGUGACUUGGACUGGAGUGCCAGUCGGACAAGAAGAAGUGGUCCAGAGGAACUGGGAGGGAUAUUAUGUCCGCAGUAUCAAGCAGACAUUCGGGUAA